GGCGCUGCCGGCAGUCGCAGCAGCCAGCAUGAAGCUGCUAACCCACAACAUGCUCACGUCCCACGUCCGCGGCCUGAAGCCGGGCGGCGGCUUCCCCCUCCAGAUCCAGGCCUCGGAGGUUCGGGUCCGGCCGGUGCCGUUCAACGCUGACUUCGUGGCUCGCUUGGUGCCCAGGCUCCAUUGGGCAGCGCUGCUGCAGGCGGCCGAGAGCGUGAAGCUGCCCCCAGAGCCCUCCCCUGGCUACGAGGAGGACGAAGCCUUCCUGCGCCGCCUCCACCACCUCCUGCUGGAGGUGGAGGUGCUGGAGGGGGUCCUGCAGUGCCCGGACUCAGGGCGACGCUUCCCCAUCUCCAGGGGGGUCCCCAAUAUGCUGCUGAGUGAGGAGGAGACCUGA